AUGGGGACAUUACUACCAACAUCUUCAUCCCUCAGAGUGAACUUCUCUCCACCUCUUGCUGCCACCUCCCUAGGCCUCAGCCUGCCUGCCAUGGCUCUCUGGAUCCAAUCGCUGCCUCUCCUGGCCCUCCUCGCCUUUUCCGGCCCCGGGAGCAGCCACGCGGCUGUCAACCAGCACCUCUGCGGCUCCCACUUGGUGGAAGCUCUGUACCUGGUGUGUGGGGAGCGGGGCUUCUUCUACCAGCCCAAAGCCCGGCGGGAUGUUGAGCAGCCUCUAGUGAGCGGUCCCUUGCACGGUGAGCUGGGAGAACUGCCCUUCCAGCAGGAGGAGUUUGAGAAAGUGAAGCGAGGGAUUGUUGAGCAAUGCUGCCACAACACCUGCUCCCUCUACCAGCUGGAAAACUACUGCAAUUAG